UCUUUCGCUGAGGCGCUGAUGCUUCAUGCAGGCGAGCUUAUUCACUGGUAGCAGAAAGCUCUCAUGACGGUGGAUGUGAGAGCCUUGUGGAUUUGCUCCAGUCUCAGUGGAAUUCAUUGCACCAGGAUCCAAAACAACAGACAGAGGAUGCGACCAUGGAUGGAUGCUAGCAUCCAUGUGGGCCAGUGACGUCUGCACCCCCCUCUGCGGCUACCUUCUUCAUCAUAAGGAUGCUUCUAGCAGCACUGACCCAGAUUGUGAAGACCCGGCUCUUCCCUGUGCUCUGAUCCUCCGGUGGUCUGUGAAUGUGAUGUGCGAGAGGAAUGCUCUACACCUCGGCGGAGAGAGCUCAGCCUGCUGCCUCUGCUGACAUCUGUCUCUGUGGAUACACACAGCCACCGGCAGGCUACGCCACCAACACUGAUCCAUAACAAUAACCCCAGCUGGAGAACAAACAGCACCUGGCCGUGGAGAGAAGAGAUAGGGAGUCUCAGCAGGGGGGGCGGCAGAUGGUGACACUGCAGCAGCACUUCUCCAGCAUGGAGGAGACGGUGCGGACGCUACUACAGAACCAGGACCCACUCGAGGGGCCCAAAGUGGACCCACUGGACCUGAUGAAAGCUUACAAGGACAAACUCCUGGAGGAGAUGUGGAAGCAGCAGGACAGCCUGGAGGGUCCCACUGCCUCCACCGCAGAGAGGCCUGCUGAGCUGGACGCCGCAGGGUCGGAGGACAGCAACCCCCUGCUGCAGCGCCUCAGAGCCCUGGAGGCUGAGAACUCUGCUCUGUCCAUGGAGAACGACACUCAGAGGAAGCAGUAUGAACGCUGUCUCGAUGAGGUUGCCAACCAGGUGGUCCAGGCGCUGCUCACACAGAAGGACUUGAAAGAGGAGUGUGUGAAGCUGCGAACUCGGGUGUUUGACUUGGAGCAGCAAAACCGCAUACUGAGUGUUCUGUUUCAACAACGUGUCAAGAUGUCCACGGCUCCUGUCUCCCAGGACGUCCAGAGGAAUGGAAAAGCGGGUGUUCCUGCAGGAAGGUGGCCCAGCCUGCUGAGUCUCACCUGCCCACGCAGCAGCGGCAGCAGUGGCAGUGAACUGUCUCUGUCCAGUGCUUGUAGUGAAUACUCCAGUGGCUCCCACACCUGGGCGGAGGGGCGUGGAUACUCCAAACAGUGUGCCACAAGUCGGGACAAAAGGAUGAGUACGGGUUCAGUUUCAAGUAAUCACUCUGCACCCAUCGAGCAGACAGAACUAGGAUGGAAAGAAGGCCACAUUCUGAAAGGCCUGAAGCGUCUCCAAAUGUGCAACUCCAAAGAGGCAUCCUCAGCUGCUGCUGUACAACACUGCAAAGACUGUAUGACCUCCAACGAGGGCAUAUACUCAUUUGGUUUCAAGUGUGGCCAACAGAGUACUACCAAGCAGGUAGCGUCUACAAAUAAACCGUUGAAGGCUGGAGCAGGGACUGCUGCCCUCGACUCUGAUGAUGCAGAUGAUGAAUCAACUAAAUUACAAAGUAGUGGAUCCAAUGACCAACCAACAAAAGAGCUAGUUUGCUUGAAGAAGCUGGAUGUCACAAGAGAUAAUGACAACAAUUUCCAAGAAGACCCUUUAAAACUUGAAGGGGAUUCUGGUCCUUUUCCUUCCCCUGUCAUAGACAACUUCUUAUUUUUGGACGACCCCACAGUAAAACCUGGCGAAAGCCCAACCGCUAGCAUCACGCAUUUGGAAGAAAACAACAAAGACUCACUAGAAAAACAAAAGCCUUCAGGCAUGAAGUUAAGUGACAAAAAUAAUAACCAGGAAAGGUCUACUGACCGUAAAUCCAGACUCGAUCAUGUCAAAAAAGAACAGGGUAGACUUGCACUUACACAAGUUGAAGCUGGGAACAUAGAAAUGAGCUCUUCUGUUCAGCAUUCUGCAACUAAAGCUCUGAGCUGUGUGAACGUGGCCAGACAGCGUAGCUCCUCUAUGGAGGUUCCUCACUACAGAGACCACGUGAGUCAAGCUGAAAACCAGAACCACACCAUCUCAGAAUCUUCUCCAAGGAAACCUAAACCUCAGCUUUGUGACUCUGCAAGAAAGGCUUUUAUUCUGCGGAGCAAGAGUGCGGAUGGAGGGAAAGAACAACCUAAGCAUACACAUUCACCUCUCCAUCAGAAGCUUAUUAAGGGCCACAGGUCCAAAGGACAAUCAAACCCUCCUGGACAAAGUGUUCCUAGCAAAAGGACAGAUCUCAGCCAAACAAAUUCUUCAAGCAAGGGAUCAGUAUGUCAAGAUGAGAAAGAGGAGGAAGUUGCACUAUCAACAAAUUCCAAGUCUCUAAAGAGUGUGCGCUCUCCGCUUGCGUCCCCCAUGAAACAUUCAAAGGCAUUUAAGCCUCCAGGGAACAAUGAAUGUUCAAAGAGCCCAACUAAAUCACCUUUGCAACUCAAUAGACUUCAAUCAAACAAUGAGCCUGUGGAAGAGAGCAUCUAUGACAACUUACCCUGCUCUCCACGAAAACAGCGACGCAAAGACCAGCAAUGUGAAAGCACCCGUUCAGAAAUGAGGUCCCCAUCCCCUCCACCACCCCCAGGUCGAACAACUUCUCUAGUCCUUAGGCCAAGUAGUGACAGCUUACUUAAAGCAACAUCUGCAGGUCAGCCUCAAAGCUCUACUACUGGGAAGACAACAUCGAACAUCACAAAGCAACAAUCAAAUAGUUCUUCAAUUUCACAGCUGCAACAAUCCAACACCACAAAGGACAAUCACCAUGCAGCCCCACUAUUUGGUGCUGAUGGUAAGCCAACAAAGGAUAUUCCUGCCAAAGUUUACCAUACCAACUCAUCCAAAAUGACCUCUGUCCAGGCUCGAGAGUCUUCAGAGUUAGUCCAGCUCUCUAUGGACAGAACUGCCACAUGCCAUAAUGAACAUGGUGCUCCCAAUAUAUUUCCAACUCAAAGCGUCUUACAGAGAUCCCAACAGAGCAUUAGUGAGCCAAAACUUUCAGAAUUCUUGCCUCAGGCAUAUUCUAAUGUUUACUACCAUGGGGUUGCCAAUAAUCAUCAAGGUUCCACCUCCAGAGCUGUCAAAAUGGCUCUUCCUUUUAAUGCUAGAUCUCAUGAGACUAUUGCUGGACAGGAAACGGGUACCUUCCUAGUUUUUGGAAGAAACAACAAAGAUGACAUUAACUCUACUGCAAAAAGUAUCAAUACCUUUCAGACUUUUACAUGUGAUCCCCAGAUGAAACACGAAUGUGGAGCUCAUGAUAAAGUCCGGCGGAAGAUUGAGACCCGAUGUAACUCGCUGGAUUCUGAACCCCCAGUUCAACCUGUGGCAUCGGACAGCGGUGUGAUGUUGGAUUGGGGAUUUGAUGAGGAAGGUUGGCUGUUUAAACGGUCUGUGUCUGUGUCAACCAGACCUCCCCUUAAGCCAGUAAUGGGCAUGAAUGGGGCUAAGGCUCGUAGCCAGAGCUUUGGUGCACGUUACAUGGAUAGGCCAAGUUUCAACAGAUCUGGAAAGGUCCGUACCCAGAUCAAAACACAGUCAGGGAGCUCCUUGAACUCUCUGAGUGAUGUCCUUCCAGGAAGCAUGAGCUGCUCCAGCAGCUACCAUUGUCCAAUGAACAGAUCUCUUUUAAACAAUUUCUUGAUUGAAGAGGGCCUGACAGCCCCUACACAUUUGGGCUCCUCUACUGAAAGACUUCAGAGUCUUAAACACCAACGAGAGCAAGCUAGACGCCUUCAGAUUGAGCAACAGUUUUCAAGCGCCUUUGGCGAGCCUGUUUCCGAAGAGCCCGAGGGGCAGAGUACUAUAACCACAAUCGAAGAGAAAGUGAUGCUGGGCAUAGAAGAGAACUUGCACAAGACUCAUGAGCAGGAGAGAACCACCGAAGUGAAGCAAAAAUCCGGUUCAACCUUGGCAAAUUGGUUUGGUUUUCGUAAGAGUAAGCUUCCUGCUCCAAGCAGUAAAAAGAGUGAUCCACCAAAAGUAAAAGAGGAAAAAAGGGAGCAAAAGAUUACAUCGCUUCUGGGAGGAAAGCACUCAAAGUCGGACAAAAAGAAAGACAGAAGAAAAAGUGAUGGAAAAGAGUGCUCUGUGGGGAUAAGAGAGUCUCAUGAUGCAGUUCGGUCAUGCAUCUCAAUGCCCUGCCCAGGAAUGUCCCUGAGUGAGAUACAAGGACACACUGAAAUCAUCGGGGACCCGAAGAUGCAGGUGAUGAACAUCAGGGCCGAUAAUGAAAAUGGAUCCACAGUGAAGAGCCCCAACCAGGAUGCUGUACUAGGCUCCGGCUGCAAGAUGCGAACAUUGGACAGUGGGAUCGGGACCAUCCCCCUUCCUGAAUCCUGCUCCUUCUUCUCCUCCAUUCUGCAACUCCUCCCUAAGUCCUCCUCAACCCCAGACCAGUCCCUCAGUCCUCCCAGUGUCCUUGGUUCCUCCAACGAGGAUGUGUUUCCUUCCCCUUUACCCCGCUGGAGAAUACCCUCCGGCUUUAAGGACAGCAGCCAUGCAGGGGGGCCAAACUCCUUCUCCGGCUCCUCCAUGACCCAUAUCCAAUCAGUGCCUUUCCCCACUGUGGCCUUCCUCCAGCCCAUCCAACCCCAGUCCCAACCCAUUGUGACCUGUGCAAGUGUGUGUGAUACCCGGAGCAGGCUGCCCAGACCCCCCCCAGGUGGGUUGGAACCAAAGAAGUUGACCUAUAUCAAAUCCAAAACUCGAGCCACUUCGAGCCAACAGAAAGAGCAGACAAGACCUCAGCUCGCCAACUAGUUUACAGAGCUGACUGAGUCUACCUGAAGCAACGAAUCAAUCUCACUCUAACACAUAUGAAGAAUCCCUAAAUCCCAAAGUUUGGACACUGUGUCUCUGUAUCAGGAUGAAACACUCAGAGCUGGACAACCAGUGAGCUUGGCAUCGUGGGCUUCCAGCUGAGCUCAUUGUGGGGUUGAGAUACUGAGUAGCAUUUCAGGUGUAGUAAUGAACCUUCUGGCAGCCAUUUUGGCGGUCUGCAGCUCCAUGGCAUCAGCUGUGAGUUGCUCACUGAAUUCCUAAACGUACAGCUCUGCUGUCUCACAAGACUGGACUCAAACAGACAUGGUUAUUUUACCUGACAUUUUAUUCUCUAUUUUUAACUCUAAGAAGUAGAAACAUCAAAAUGCCAGGCUUCUUUUGUUUUGUUAAUAUCAGUUUAGCUAUUGUAGCCCUUUCAUGGCUCACUUUAAUCAUCAUGUAUGCCCAGUUUAAACUAAUGUUUGACACCAUUAGCAUGUUUACAAUGCAAACAACAUAAGUUGUUAGCUAGCAUAGCUAACUCUGCUAACUGUUGGUGGUUUAUGCCACUAAUCUGAAGGAACAGACAAACUGAACCACUAAACUAAGACAACACGCACAUUACGGACAACUGUUAUAUCUGCUUCUUUGGGGUGGAGGUUAAAACUGUACCGAUAAUAACAAUUGUACAAUAUUUACCAUAUGUGUGCAGUCAUUUGACCGACUUACAAGCAUUCAAUACUGUGGACUGUACCCAUAUAACUGCCAAAAGUAACAUGAUCAUUUUACCAUUUUCUGAAGUUGAUUAGUCUUCCAGUCCUGGUGGGGGUCUAACGAGCCAUUUGGCAGUGCCAUGUAUAGCAAAUACUAAGCCUGAACAUUGCUGUAUAAAGCUAUACAGCUAACAUUUUAGCAAAUAAUUACCCACUUACAUAUCCAGCAGACAAAAAGAAAAAUCCUAUUUCUACUAGUUUUAGCCAAUGUACACAUCUAAUAUUGAAAGCUAUUGAGUCUUUAUCUCUGUCUUGAACAUAGUAGCUCUUCAGUUGGAUGGCUUCAUCUCACUGUGCAUCUGUACAACCAAACCAAUGAGCUCAGAGAUAAUAGAAAUUACAGGCUCCAAAUUGAAAACAUUUUCACAAGUGCAACCAAUUCACCACCAGACCCGCAUGUUGGCACCGGCUCUCGUUACUUUGGAGAAUAAUAAUGAAAAUGACCCCCCCCCAAAAAAAAAACCCCCUGCUAAACAAAGAUUAGUUAUCACAUUCAUGUUCAUUCUCCAGCAACGUAGGAUCAUUUUAGUCAAUGAUACUAACAACUAACACAUAUUUCACUCAUCUUUUUCUGAUGGAACCUGAUCAACUCAAGACAACUAACUAUGGUUUCCAUCCUGAAGACUCUAUCUGUACAGCACUAACUACUGAUGGCCAAUUCAUGAGCUUCUGACUUAGCAAUGUGAAUCUUUAAAGUGUGCACAAUAUCUUGUUGGAAACUUAUUUUAUUGUAACAAUGUUAAUCUCAACUUGCAUGCAACCAGUGUCUGGGCUUAUUCUAACCACAGAUAUCCAUCUUAUAGAGAGUUUCAUCACAACAGGUUUAACUUGAUAUGCACUGCUUUUUUUACCCACUCUGAAAUCUCUCGUAACAAAAGCAAAGGUCUUCUACACUGAGUGUGAUACGACCGCCCUGAGAGGAAAGAGAGAAUAAAUUAAUUCUGGUAAUCCAUUUUAUAAGUCUUAUCUAAUUGGUUUCCCUUCUGUGCUUAUAACUGAAGUAAAAUUCACAAUACAAGGGUUUAUGCCUUGAUUUUAUUCUCCAUCUGUAUAAAGAGAAACAUGUUUUGUCUUUAUUUUUUUCUAAAUGACCUCUAUUUCCUCUUUGAAAACAUUUGGGAAUACACUUUUGGUAUGUAAGUAAGUUAUUGCUUCUUGUUAAAAUAUUCAUCAGUUAUGGUUAUUAAUGUAUCCCAAUAAAAAUAAAAGAUUUCCAACUGGCAAAAUCUUUCAGAUAAACACAGGAGGAAAAACAAAAGGCAUCAGUCUUAGAAUUAUGAUCACCAGGAUUGGUUUUCCUCACUUGACAGGGCUUCGUAGUCUGACUAUCAACUCUCAAGUGGUUAUAUAUAUAGGUGUCACAUUCUGAAAACAGUGCACAUCCCAUCUUGCAAUGAAACUCUUCAAACGUAAACUGCAUUCUGUAUUUUUUACAUGUGCCACAGUUAUGACAUCAGGACAGUGAGUUUUGCAUGUUACCUUAGUUAGAAAGCACCGGGUAGGCACAUGGUGGACAUUGUUGUGCUAGCUCAGGGAAAGUACUCUUUAUUGUCUCUGAUAGAUGCUGUGGAUUCAUUAAGUAAACCUCAACUUUAAUAUGUUCAGUCAUUUUACAGCAGCCAGUGAAGACACCACAUUUCACUGUAAUGCUUUAAAGAUGUCAAUAUUUUCCUCUUGUCUGUUUUUGUCUGUACAUUUAACCGUGUAAUAUCUCACCAGUUUCUCUUUAUUAUGUAUGCCGUGUCUUUUACUGUGUGUUAUUGGUGUUUUGAAUGCAUCCCGACAUACUCGACAGUUUUAGCUGCUUUGCGAUGUUUCCCCUCACACCUUCUUCAGCUCCCUGCCUUUUCAUGCGUAGAUGUUUGCCAAAAUGCAUAUUGCCAAAAUCUGCUAAUCACAUAUACAGAAUCAUGAAUGCAACUGAAUCUACAUAUCGAGCUCGUCAUGGUGACAAUAGCCAUAAUCUUUUGAAACACUAGAGACAGUUUACAUUGAUUUAGAACUAUGGAGCACGGCAAGGUUGCACAAUAUCAUUAGUCAUGUCAUCUUACUGUAUUUACCUCUUAAACCUUUACUCACUUGCUACAUGUCAAUGUUGAAGGUCAUGUUUGUUGACUUAAGUGGUUCGAUAAAUGAAAUAUGUAGCGUACACAGGUGAGACGAGGCGUCUAUGGAUCAGGGACUGGCUGUAGUGAUACGGGUAGCUGGAGCAUGGUGUCUGUGUUUCUGAAAUGGCUCACAUAAUAAAGAGCCUCACCCUCACAGGAGUAUUGUAUUUUUCUAACAUUUACUCUAAAGAUCUGUAUUUGUAUUCAGCACUAAUGAGUGUAAUUUACCAUUUAUUGCACAUAUUGUUACUCACUAUGACAGGUGUUCUCCCUCUAAAUGUUUUUUCUUUCAGAACCCAAUAAUAACAGUUUUGUUUUUGUGUGACAGUCACCUUAGCAGUAGCCUACCAAUUGAGAAUUGUAUAUUACUGAUAUUCUUUGUUUUAUGUAAUAGAUGAAAUAAAAAAAUAAACUAUUUCAAUACUUACAUUAAA